CCUUAUCUACACCGGUGUCCUCUCCUUAAUUCUCUCUCUCUUUUUUCUUCUUCUACAUUCCCCCGGCAUAUCCUGGACGUCUUUUGUACCAGCAUCUCGACAAUUGGGCCGCAAUCAUGGACGUGGCGAACGCGACAUUUGGCGCGUUGAACCAAACGCAAACCUACUUCAACGUUCUCGAGGAAGUUGGCAAAUACAAUGUUCACUUGAACCUGUUUGAGCGUCUCUGGGCCGCCUGGUACCUGUGGAUGGACAAUGACACUCUGGCGACUGGUCUCAUGAGCUUCUUCAUGCACGAGAUCAUCUACUUCGGCCGCUGCCUUCCCUUCAUGAUCAUGGACAAGAUCCCCUACUUCCACAAGUACAAGAUUCAGAACCAAAAGAUCCCCACGCUGAAGGAGCAGUGGGAUUGCGCCGCCAUCGUCCUCGUCAGCCACUUUACCGCCGAAUUGCCUCAGAUCUGGUUCUUCCACCCCAUUGCCACCUACUUCGGCAUGGAUUACGGCAUUCCGUUCCCCUCGGUCUUCACCAUGGCCUGGCAGAUUGCCCUCUUCUUCGUCAUGGAGGACACCUGGCACUACUGGUUCCACCGCACUCUUCACUACGGUCCUCUGUACAGGAGCAUCCACAAGAUGCACCACCUGUACUCUGCUCCUUUCGGCCUGGCUGCUGAGUACGCCUCUCCCAUCGAGACCGGUCUGCUUGGAAUCGGUGUCGUCGGAUCUCCCAUCCUGGUCCUCGCCCUCACCGGCAAGCUCCACCUCCUGACCAUGUACAUUUGGAUCACUCUGCGUCUCUUCCAGGCCAUUGACGCCCACAGCGGCUACGACUUCCCCUGGAGCUUGCGCCACUUCCUGCCUGUCUGGGCCGGCGCUGAGCACCACGACGUUCACCACGAGAAGUUCAUUGGCAACUACGCUUCCAGCUUCCGCUGGUGGGACUACAUGCUCGACACCGAGGCCGGUGCCGAUGCCCACCGAAGACGCCGUGAGAAGAAGUUGGCUGCUAUGAAGGCCAAGAAGGGCCAGUAAAGCAGCCUGCAAAUCCGUCUUGGUUACGACAAUUACACACUUAGGCGCAUCUUGACGAAAGAUGCGUCGAUUCUUCAAAGCCAAUCGAUAAACCGAGGGUUGCAUGAUUUUUGAAAAUACAAUGAGAAAAGGAAAAUAGAUUAAUAGUCAGCUUAAUAGCCUAGCUGCGGCAGCCUCCGAGAUGGCAAAAAGGCAUCAACCGGCGUUGGGAGGGGUGACGAGAGCAUGACUUCUUUCACGUUUUGUAUAUAUAUACGUACUUUGCGAGCACCUUAGACAUAUACUUAAUACAGCUCUUCGUCAGCUCCAUGUUUAAUUGGAAUCAAUGGGAGAUCCUUGUUUUGAA